UAUAAAAACAUUGAAGUGCUCCUAAUAGAGUUAUAAAAAAUUUUCUUUAUUAAAAUGUAAGGCAGCUUUUUAUCAGCAGAACAAGGAAAUUAAACUGCAGUAAAACAAAAGCACAAAGUUCACCUGGAACACAAUUACCUGUUUGACUGGUCAAACAGGUAAUUGUGAAACGUCACUGAGAGAAAAUGAAAGUAUUUUAACUGAGUUGAACGGAGCUGAGACUCCAUUACAGGGAGGAGAUCUGAGCUGAAACACGAAGGUUUACUGGAUCUUAAAGAAAAAGCUGCAGAAACUUUGACUUGGUGAGUUCUGGUUCUGGAGUGGUUCUGUAGAAAAUGGCAGAGAGAGCUCUGAUUGAACAUUUCCUGAGCUGCCAUAUUUGUUCAGAGACUUUCAGAGAUCCUGUGUCUCUGAGCUGCAACCACAGCUUCUGUUCAAACUGCCUGCAGAAAUUCUGGGAACAAACUGGAAACAAGAACUGUCCCAUCUGUAAAAGAAAAUCUUCUAAGGCGAAUAUAGGAAUAAAUUUCUCUCUGAAGGACCUGGCUGAUUCUUUUACUGGAAGACAGAAAUCUGGAUCUUCAGAGACAGAAACAGGAGAAAAGCAGCUGAUGGUCUGCAGUAAACACCAAGAAGACCCUAAACUGUUCUGUGAAGACGAGCAGAGAGCUGUGUGUCCUGUCUGUGAGUUUUCUCUCCACCAGAGUCACAAAGUGGUUCCUGUUGAACAAGCAGUCAGAGAUCUGAAGCAGCAGCUGAAAUCUGACUUAGAGUCUCUGCAGGACAAGAGGAACAAACACAAACAAGUGGAGAAAACAUACCAUGAUGUGAUUCAACACUCCAAGAAGCAGCUGCUGUCCACAGAGAGACAGAUCAGAGCAGAGUUCAACAAGCUGCACCAGUUCCUGAGAGAGGAAGAGGAGUCCAGACUGGCAGCUCUGAGGGAGGAAGAGGAGCAGAAGAGGAAGACUAUCAGCAGAGAGAUGAAGAGGAUUGAGGAGCAGAUCUCCUCUCUGUCAGACAGCAUCUCUGCUGUUGAAGAAGAGCUGCAGAAAGACAAGGUGUCGUUCCUCAGCAGUUAUAAAGCCACUCAGAGCAGAGCCAGAGGUCAGAGGUCACUGCCAGAUCCACAGCUGGUCUCAGGAGCUCUGAUAGAUGUGGCCAAACACCUGGGCAACCUGUCCUUCAGAGUCUGGGAGAAGAUGAAGGACCAGGUGAAGUUCAGUCCCGUCAUUCUGGACCCAAACACUGCAGAUGGAUGGAUCCACCUGUCUGAUGAUCUGACCAGAGUGAGAAAUGGAGACACAUGGCAGCAGCUUCCUGAUAAUCCAGAGAGAAACAUGAUGUACCCCAAUGUUUUUGGUUCUGAGGGCUUCAGCUCAGGGAAACACAGCUGGGAGGUGGAGGUGGGAGAUCAUCCUGUCUGGAAUAUUGGUUUGGUUAAAGAGUCUGUUGACAGGAAGGGAAAGAGAUAUGCUUCACCAAAAUAUGGAAUCUGGUGUUUAUGGCAUGGUGAUGGAAAAUACACUAAUGGUGUUGGUAAAACUGUGACAGUGAAUAAAAGUCUCCAGAGGUUCAGAGUCCAGCUGGAUUAUGACAGAGGGGAGGUUUCCUUCUACGACUCUGAAGACAAGAGUCACAUCUACACUCACAGAGACACUUUCACUGAGAAACUCUUUGCUUAUUUCAGUGUUGGAAAAGCUGCUGAUGCCAAAACAACUGAGAUCAAAAUCUAUGAAACUGAUUUUUCUGUUUAAAGUUCAAAGUUGUUUUAAUUCUCUGAAUCAUUUUGUAUUUUAAAAUCAAAGUUUCUAUUUGCAGUCAAACAAACUUUCCUUUUUAAUCUUUAAUAAAUAUCCUUGAUCAUUUUAAGGUUUUUAACUUUUAUUUGAAAUUAACAAAAAUAAAUCAAUAAAAUAUCUUGAUCUUAAAUUUUUCUGUUGUCUGAAAUUAGUAGAAAAUUGUUAAUUUUAUGAUUUUUCUGUCUUCAAUUUUUCUUUUCAAUUGAAUGGAAAAAUAUAAAAAAAUGUUAAUUAAUGUUCAGACUAUUAACAAUAUUUAAUUAAUCUUUAUCCAAAAUUCUCACAACCAUUUAAUAUUUCUUCUUAUUCUGUUUAAUUCCAACAAAGAUGAUUAUUUUUAGUUUGUUUCUGUGUUUUGUAAAAAAAUGUUAUUAGAAGUUCAGAAAAAGGAUCAAAUAUUUUUACAAGUUGUUAACUGGGUUUUCUAGUCUUUUUUUAAUUGUUUAAUGAUUUAUUUUGCAGGAAAACAUUUAUUAAUAAAUAUUCAGAUUUACUUUUCUCUCUGUUUUCUGUUAUAAUUUUUCUGUUCUUCAAUCUAAAACUGAUUUCUAUAAAAUUCAAACAGUUGCUGAAAAUCAUUUUGUUAACUUUAAAAGUUCAUUCUUUGCUUUAACAUGUUUAUUUUAAUUUGGAUGUUGAAUAAAACUCUGAGCUUCA